CGUGUCCCGGCGCCGCGCAUGCGCGCUGGGCAGUCCCGGCGCGGCCAUGGCGCACGGGCACGGGCCCGGCCGGUGCCGCUGCUGCGGGGAGGAGGCGGCGGAGCGCGGCGCGGCCUGGGGGCUGUACCUGCGCAUCGACCGGCAGCGCCUGCAGUGCCUCAACGAGCGCCGCGAGGGCUCCGGAGCCACCGUGUUCCGCCCCUGGGAGGAGCGCGGGGACCGCUCGCAGUUCGUGGAAAGCGACGACGACGAGGAGCUGCUCUUCAACAUCCCGUUCACGGGCAGCGUGAAGCUGAAAGGAGUCAUCGUGAUGGGCGAGGAUGAUGGGACACACCCGGCUGAGAUGAGGCUGUUCAGGAACAUUCCUCACAUGUCCUUUGAUGACACAGCCAAGGAGGCAGAGCAGACCUUCAGCCUGAGCCGGGAUCCCCUGGGAGAGCUGGAAUAUCCCACCAAAAUCGCCCGUUUCUCCAACGUUUACCACCUCUCCAUGCACUUCCCAAAGAACUUCGGAGCUGAGACAACCAAGAUUUUUUACAUCGGGCUGAAAGGGGAGUGGACGGAGGCCCAUCGCCACGAAGUCACCAUCUGCAACUACGAAGCCUCGGCGAACCCGGCCGACCACAAGCUGGAACAGAUCACCCCCCAGACUCACUUCAUCUCCUAACGGGAGCCCGCCCGGGGCGGGACCGGCUUCCCGGAGCUCGGCAGCGGCUCCGCGGCGGCGGGACAGACGCGGGGCGGCGGGGCCGCUCUGGAGCCUCCACCGAGCCGCGUGCGGGGCCGCUACCGGCCGUGACUGACAAUAAACACGCUGCGGUGCA